AAUUUCUUACCAAACGCAAGAAAAGCAACAUAGUCCCUCUCAUCCUCCUCUCUCUCUCUCUCUCUCUCUUUGUACAGAACUCGAGCAUUACAGUAGCAGAGCAUCAGAGAAUCAGACCCAUCAAUGGAAAUCUUACCAAAUCACCAAGAAAAUCACAACCCUCAGUCUCUCCUUCCCUCCCCUGACAGCCACAGCAGCGGCAGCAGCACCAGUGGCAGCAGCAACGGCAACGGCAACGGCAACGGCAACGGGAGCUCCACCACCACUACCAAUAAUGGAUUCCACACCAAUCAGCUUCCACAUCCCUCACCCAAACCCAUCACCAGAUCCGAGUCCGCUAACCCUUACCCAACCACUUUCGUCCAAGCAGAUACCUCCUCCUUCAAACAAGUCGUCCAAAUGUUGACCGGAUCCCCUAAACCUACCAACACUGCCGCCGUCGCCGCAGUCUCCCAACCAGACCUAUUACCUAAAUCCCACUCCCAUAAUAUCCCUCCCAUCAAAUCCAUACCAAAGAAGAAUCAAUCCCCUGGGUUCAAACUCUAUGAACGGAGAAAUUCCCUCAAACACCUUAAGAUCAAUCCUCUUAACCCAAUUUUCGCUCCUCCCAGUUCCGUGUUCUCGCCUCGAAAACCUGAGAUCCUUUCUCCUAGCAUCCUCGAUUUUCCGGCCCUCGUUCUCAGCCCAGUGACGCCCUUAAUCCCUGACCCAUUUGACCGAUCUGGAGCAGCAAAUUACAGUAACUGUUAUAAUCCCAUGAAUAACCCUAACAGAAACCAUAACAAUGACAGUGUGAAUGGUAAUUUAUUAGAUGCUGAUGCAGAGGAGAAAGCAAUCAAAGAGAAGGGUUUUUACUUCCAUCCGUCUCCGGCAACUACACCACGAGAAGCGGAGCCACGGUUGUUGCAUCUUUUCCCGGUCACUUCUCCUAGCGUGUCAGGUUCUUCAAAUCCUUCAUCUUGAAUAAAUGCCUUUUUUAAAAUUUUAUUUUGGUAAGAAUUUUAUAUAACAUAUUGAUGGCAUUGAUGAUGGAAAUGGCGAUGGAAGUGAGAAAGGGGAAAGAUAUAAUUGUAAUGUUGGAUAUUUGUAGAGAAUGAGAGGAUCUUUGCUUCAAUUGUAUAAUUUAGCUGCUCUUAAUUAAUUUCCUUUUUGUCA